AUGGCAUUUCAAUCUACAACAUCAACUCCAAAAAAAUAUUUUGUAUUAGCCGAUAGUCAUGCUAGAUUUGUGCCCCGACUAACUACAACACCCACCCAUCAAAUUGUUAUUGAAUCAAUAUUCGGUUUGAAAUGGAUUGAUGACGGCCAACAUCAUCUUUCCGCUUUCCAUCUCUUUCAAACAUCUCCUAUUUUUUCUCAUUUAGUAUCUGCUAAUGCCGUCAUGUUUUUAAUUGGCAGUAAUUCUUUACGUAAGUUUACAGCUUCAAUAGUCCUUAAUCAAAUUCAAUAUAUAAUAUCCGAUCUUCGUCGACAACAUCCGCAUCUUGCCAAUAAGGACUCGAUUGGUAUUGUAACAACAUUUUCACGUUUUAAGUUCUCUUAG